CCUCAGUUUGAAUAGAAUCCCUAGAUCUGAAAUAAUUUUUCUGAAAGGCGUCUUAAUAAACGUCGUUUCCUUUUCCAUUUUUUCUUUCAAGAUCUUAUUAACUUGAAAAUGAGAGAAUGCAUUUCAAUCCACAUUGGACAAGCUGGUAUUCAGGUUGGAAAUGCAUGUUGGGAACUUUAUUGCCUUGAACAUGGCAUUUAGCCUGAUGGCCAGAUGCCGGGUGAUAAGACUGUUGGAGGAGGUGAUGAUGCAUUCAACACCUUCUUCAGUGAAACUGGAGCAGGAAAGCAUGUUCCUCGUGCUGUCUUUGUAGAUCUUGAGCCUACUGUCAUUGAUGAAGUCAGGACCGGAGCAUACAGACAGCUCUUUCACCCUGAGCAGCUCAUCAGUGGCAAAGAAGAUGCAGCCAACAACUUUGCCCGUGGCCAUUAUACAAUCGGGAAAGAAAUUGUUGAUCUUUGUUUGGAUCGCAUUAGGAAGCUUUCAGACAACUGUACCGGCCUUCAAGGUUUUCUGGUUUUUAAUGCCGUUGGUGGUGGCACUGGUUCUGGUCUUGGGUCACUUCUACUGGAGCGUCUCUCAGUAGACUAUGGCAAGAAAUCGAAACUUGGAUUCACAAUUUAUCCUUCACCACAGGUCUCAACAUCUGUCGUGGAGCCUUACAACAGUGUACUUUCAACUCACUCCCUGCUUGAGCACACUGAUGUUGCAAUUCUUCUUGACAAUGAGGCCAUUUAUGACAUCUGCAGGCGCUCACUGGACAUUGAGCGCCCAACUUACACCAACCUUAACCGACUUAUUUCACAGGUUAUUUCGUCUCUGACUGCUUCUUUGAGGUUUGAUGGAGCCUUGAACGUUGAUGUGAAUGAGUUCCAAACUAAUCUUGUACCGUACCCCAGAAUCCAUUUUAUGCUUUCCUCUUACGCCCCAGUCAUUUCAGCUGAGAAGGCUUACCACGAGCAGCUCUCAGUUGCUGAGAUCACAAACAGUGCCUUUGAACCCUCUUCUAUGAUGGUUAAGUGUGACCCUCGUCAUGGCAAGUACAUGGCUUGCUGCCUUAUGUUCCGUGGUGAUGUUGUGCCAAAGGAUGUGAACGCUGCUGUCGCCACUAUCAAGACCAAGCGUACUAUCCAAUUUGUUGACUGGAGUCCUACUGGUUUCAAGUGCGGUAUCAACUACCAACCACCAACAGUUGUUCCAGGAGGUGACCUUGCCAAGGUGCAGAGGGCUGUGUGCAUGAUUUCUAACUCAACUAGUGUUGCAGAGGUCUUCUCACGCAUUGAUCACAAGUUUGAUCUGAUGUAUGCUAAGCGUGCUUUUGUGCACUGGUACGUUGGCGAGGGUAUGGAGGAAGGUGAGUUUAGUGAAGCACGUGAGGACCUUGCUGCUCUGGAAAAGGAUUACGAGGAAGUUGGUGCUGAAAUGGAUGAUGAAGAAGGGGGUGAUGAAGGAGAUGAGUACUGAGUCACUGCAUUGCGGUGUAAUGUAUUUGUUUUGGUGUUGUUUGGUUGAUGGGUUUCUUGUGCCCUCCUAGCAAUUACUAUUUCCUCUUUGUGGUUUUCUAAAGUGAAUUGUACCAUUAUGGAAGUCAAAAUAUGUUCGUUUGACUGCUUACUUUA